AUGUUAAGGUGGGACGUCAAAGAAUUUUUUACGGGCUUAGAAGUAGUAAUUGUGUUUGAUAAUCGUGGAAACGGGGAAUCGAGCGUCCCUUCUUCUAAGGAUCCUAUUUCGAUUGAUUUGAUGGCACGAGAUACAAUCGCAUUGGUCAAGCAUCUUGGAAUUAAACAAUUUAAUCUAUUGGGGUGGUCUAUGGGUGGCAUUAUCGCACUUUGCGUCGCCUUGAAUAUUCCAUCGGAUCUUAAGCUAGAGAAAUUGAUCAUUUGUUCAAGUUUUGCUCGACCCAUAGCAAAUCAAAUCUUCGAAGAUUUUUAUAACUUACCAGAAUUAGACCCCCCGAAAAGCGUCCAAGAACAAAAGGACAUGAUCACUGCGACCUUUUCUGAUUACCUACUUGAGCAUCCUGACAAGCUUGAUAAGCUUGCGAAAUUAAACAUUCAUCGUCCAUUUGAGAUUUACAAACGACAGUGGGAGGCGAUUAAACAGGCAAACAUCGUCUCAAAAUUACAAACAAUCAAAGCCCAAACUUUGCUGGUUCAUGGUGAAGCCGAUGACAUAGUUCCUAUUCGGGAAAGUGAAUUACUUGAGCGUGAAAUUCCUGGUGCACAAUUUUAUAGGAUUCCUAAAGUUAGACAUGC